CACCUCUACUAGCUGGGCAGGAGAGUCAGUGCAGUGACAGACUGCUAGCAGCCUCCAGCCAGGGACAGCACUGCCAGCACUGGGCAUAACGUUGGGCCACAGAGACCAUAAGGACCUACAACAGGUGAGUGCCAGACGUGUAUUAAGAUUUACUGCAGGCUAGGCUGAGGGUGUUAGGAGUUAGCCAGCUAACUGAUCUCCCAAUGAACAGAGACAGACUGCGUGUGUUUAGAAUUUAACCAGUCAGCUGCCUUCCCCAGGAACAGCAGUAGGCUGAGGAUGCUAGGAAUUAGCCAGAUAGCCGCUUAUACAGUAGAGGCAAAGUAAGAAUGAUAGGAGUUCUUGUGCUAAGAGCACACAGAGGACAUUUCAAAGAUGAGAACAGAAAAUGCUCACAAUUAAAAUAUUUACUAGUCCUAGACAUAGAAUUGUAUGAUUGUAUAAUAUAUAUAUAUAUAUAUAUAUAUAAUUUAUUUUUUCAAUUUUUUUAAAUGUAUUAAUUUUGUUACUUAUUUUCACUAUUGUUAAUUUAUCCUGUCAGCUCAGUUGGAGAAUUGCUCAAGUUGCACCAUUCUUGAUUCCGUGAAUAAACCACUUUUUUUCCCCCCCAUUUAUUAUGAUUUUUAAUGGGUUUUUUUUUCCUCACCAUACUCGUAGUGGGUUGGCAAAUUUUAGUUAAAUAUUGCCAAAUUAGGAAAAUUCUCACACUCUGUUCUUUUAUUAUAGGCUAAAAUGUUGCAAUUCAUGAAAAGCCACAAUUUGAUUUUAAGGAAAUACAUUCAGAUUGAUCAUUAAUUAUCUCUGUGUGCGUCUGGGUGCUUCUUUAUGACAAAUUCCACGUGGGGUAUAUUGCAUUUUUGCAACUAUAACAUUGCCUGUUGAAAGAGAAAAUUGCCCAAAUAACUUCUUUAAUAUGUUUCGGGUGAUAACGUUGCCAUUUUCAUUUUCAAAUUUUUAGUCUUGAAUCUUGAUCAUGUCCCGGUGUGGAGGGGGGGGGCAGAUGUGGAGGGGGGGGCAGAACAAAAACCCUCUAACAAACCUUAAAGAGACUCUAUGGUCACCAGAACAACUACAGCUUGAUGUAGUAAUUCUGGUGAUUAUAUCAAAUGGAAGAAAAGAAAUAUCCAGGCACACCCGCAGUUUCUUCUAAAAAGCAGUCUUUUUUUAAUUUGAAACAAGGGAGUGGAGACAACAUUUCGGCUCCCCUCUGAGCCUUUAUCAAGUUAGUUCUCGUGAGUAUAGUCAGACCUUGCAGGCAUUUUGCAGUAAACACUAUCUUUUUGGAGAAAAGGCAGUGUUUACAUAACAGCACGGGUGAUCUGAUUUAGUUUUGAGUUGGCAAGCAUGUAAAACCACAUUCUUUAAAAAAAUAUAUUUUUCUAUCAAUAUUUUAUAUAUAUAUAUAUAUAUAUAUAUAUAUAUAUAUAUAUAUAUAUAUAUAUAUGUAUACAUACCUCUUCAAAGUCAUUGGUAUUUUAAGAAGUUUAAAAAAAAUUAUAAUAAUAAAUAUAUAUAUAUAUAUGUAUAUGUUUGUGUGUAUAUAUAUAUAUAUUUGUCUGUCUACCAUACAAUAUAAUUUGUGGUUUUUUUUUUGUUUUUUUUUAUUCCAUUCACACUAUUUUUAUUUUUAAUAAAUGCUGCAGGUUCUUUGAGAAGUAUUGCUGUCAUGUUGUCACACCGUGUUAUGUUUUUAACACAGGCUAUGACCAGGGCCGGUGCAAGGAUUUUUGCCGCCCAAGGCAAAAGUAAAGUUUGCCGCCCCCCCUAUGUGACAUCACAAUGCUCCACCCAUAUGACCUGCCAUGUUAACUAACGCCAGUGCUGCAGUGCCGCCGUGUUUACAUUAUAAGGCAUGCAGGGACAGGCUAUAGACACCAGAACAACUACAUUAAGCUGCAGUGGUUCUGGGGACUAUAGUGUUUCUUUAAUGUGAGGUAAACUGGAGAUUAGUCCCACGAAUAAUAUACUAGAUUGCCUACUUACAACCAGAUGAGGAUGAUGAUGGGCUCUAGCUGCAGUCUGGCUCCACUGGUUUGGUGUAGAACAGGCUCUCUGGAGGCGGUUUGUAACUGUGGUCACAAAAAUCAAUAUUCUGGGAGAACGGGAAGCAGCUCCAUUUUUGGGGGGCCCUUUACACAGCUCAAGGUCUGGGUCCCAGGGUCCACCUUCAUGUUCCACCAAUGAGUUUGUUCACAGGGGGUGGAGUGUGUAGGGGAUGUCCUGAUAUGUGUGUAAGGAAUGCAUUGUGUGAAUCUGUGUUUGUAUGUGUAAGGGCUGCAAGGUGUGUUUCUGUGUAUGUACAGGAUGCAGUGUGUGCGUGUGUAAGGGGUGCAUUGAGUGUGUGUAAGGGGUGCAUUGAGUGUGUGUAAGGAAUGCAUUGUGUGUUUCUGUGUGUGUAAGGGAUGCAUUGUGUGUAAGGGUUGCAUUGUUUGUGUGUGUGUGUGUGUAAUGCAUUGUGUGUUUUUCUGUGUGCAAGGGGUGCAUUGCAUGUGUGUGUGAUGGAUGUCAAUCUCUCCCCCCUCCCUUGUCACUCUCUUCUCCCCUCCCCCUUCCCACUCUCAUUGCCCCUCCCUCCCCUGUCACUCUCACCCCCGUCAAUUUCUUCUCCCCCCCACCAAUUUCUUCUUCUCCCCCCUCCCCUACCAAUUUCUUCUUCUCCCCCUCCCCUACCAAUUUCUUCUUCUCCCCCCCUCCCCUCCCCAUUUCUUCUUCUCCCCCCUCCCCUACCAAUUUCUUCUUCUCCCCCCUCCCCUGCCAAUUUCUUCUUCUCCCACCCUCCCCAUUUCUUCUCCCCCCUUCCCUCUCAAUUUCUUUUUUAUCCCACCCUCCCCAUUUAUUCUCCCCCCCCCCCUACCAAUUCAUUCUCCCCUCCCUACCAAUUUCUUCUCCCCCCCCCCUCCCAAUUUCUUCUCCCCCCCUCCCAAUUUCUUCAUCCCCCCCCCUCCCCUCCCCAAUUUCUUCUUCCCCCACCCUCCCAAUUUCUUCUCCCAUCCACCCCCCCACCCCCUCCCAAUUUCUUCUCCUGCCAAUUUCUUCUCCCCUGCCAGUUUCUUCCCCCCCCUCCUCAAAGUUUCUUCUCCCCCUCCCCCAGUUUCUUCCUCCCCCCUCCCAAUUUCUUCUUACCCCCUCCCCUCCCAAUUUCUUCUCCCCCCCUCCCUCCCAAUUUCUUCUUACCCCCUACCCUCCCAAUUUCUUUGCCCCCCCCUCAAUUUCUUCUCCCCUCCCUUCAAAAUUUCUUCCUCUGAUUUCUUCUCCCCAUCCUCCCAGUUUCUUCUUACCCCCCCCCUCCCAGUUUCUUCUUACCCCCCCUCCCAGUUUCAUUCUCCCCCUCCCCUCCUGGCUCUUCUUACCCCCCCUCCCCUCACAAUUUCUUCUUACCCCCUCCCACUCCCCUCCCCAUUUCUUCUCCCCGCUUCCCUCCCAAUUUCUUUCUCCUCCCCCCCUACCUUUGUUGUAGCAUGGCCGAGCCCUGCAUCAUGAUGGUCCGCGAGUACAGGUUGCUUUUGUUUCCUGUACUCGGCCGGACUAACAGGAAGUGCACACUCUGUACCCGUCGGACCAUCAUGAUGCAGGGCUCGGCCACGCUACACCUGAGGGAGUGACAGGAGGGAGCGCUGAGCGCUUCCCUCCUGUCAGCCCCUCUCCUCAGGUUGCGCCCAGGUGGUUGCGCCCGGGCAAAGCUGCAGCCGCCUGAGGCUCUUUACAGAGCGCUCGGGCGGCUGCAGCAUGGGGGGGCCGGCGCUCACCGGGCAAACCUCUUUUAAGUACUCAACGCCUCUAGCCCAACACUGUUUACUAGUCCUACAGAAGUGUGUAUUUAUUUCAGGUUACAAUACUUUUGAGACCAACACCAUGAAAAAUGAGAUGACAGAAAGAUUAAAUAUAGUAGUGUGACUUUAGGCACCAUAACAACUGUGACCUUAUUAAAUAAUAUCUAUUAAGAUAGAGAGAAUGUUUUUACAAAUUUGCAGAAUAAACUGUUGGCUCUGGUAAAUUUGCAAUUAAUUGCAAAAUUAAGGCUAAAAUAGACUGUAAAACCCGCAAAUCAGUUGAGAUGGAAUUAAUUUUCUAAUUUGGCUAUUUCCGCUUACAUUUUAAUAGUCCAUUGUUAACUCAGUGUUUAGAAAAUAAACUAAACACAAACAAAUUUAAUGUUCGUGCCUUGGGAGCAACCAUAAUUUUGGCUUCCUUCAGGGAGGUCAUUCUAAGAUGGCCAUUGUGAUAAUUAUUGUUUUUAUUGAAAAAGCAAGAAUACAAAUAUCAAUAAUUAGUAAACGUAUGCAUCUCGGGAAUGAGAGAUUAAAACGAGUGAGAAUAUUUACUUACUGUAUCUGCUAGAUUAUAAAACGACCCUUCAAAUUUUGAAAAAAGAAAAAAAAAAAGUCCUGAAUAUAAGACUAAGUGAUGGGGGAAAAAAUCAAAUCCACAGUUUGUGCCAUAAAAUAUUAUUUAAUCAUUAAAGGAACACUAUAGUCACCUAAACAAUUUUAGCUUAAUGAAGCAGUUUUAGUGUAUAGAUCAUGCCUCUCAGGUUUCACUGCACAAUUCACUGCCAUUUAAGAGUUAAACCACUUUGUUUCUGUUUAUGCAGCCCUUGCCACACCUCCCCUGGCUCUGACUGACACAGCCUGCAUGAAAAAAACUGGUUUCACUUUCAAUCAGAUGUAAUUUACCUUGAACAGUUGUAUCUCUUUCUCUGUAAAUUGAACUUUAAUUACAUACAGGAGGCUCUUGCAGGGUCUAGCAAGCUAUUAACAUAGCAGGGGAUAAGAAAAUCUAAAUUAAACAGAACUUGCAAUAAAGGAAGGAUAAACUUAAGAUGACUCUUUACAGGAAGUGUUUAGGAAGGCUGUGCAAGUCACAGGCAGGGAGGUGUAACUAGGGUUCAUAAACAAAGUGAUCUAACUCCUAAAUGGCAGAGAAUUGAGCACUGAGACUGCAGGGGCAUGAUCUAUACACCAAAAUGGCUUCAUAAAGCCAAAGUUGUUUUGGUGACUACAGUGUCCCUUUAAAACACAUAACAACCAGAUUAUCUGAAAAGUAUAUCAUACACAAACCUUGACACUCAGAUGCACACACUGACACACAUACACACACUCAGAAACAAACAUUUUGACCCCCCCCCACACACACACACAUAAUAAACCCAAGAACAUUGAAAUACAUAAAUAUAUACUGUAUUUUCCGGCGUAUAAGACGACUGGGCGUAUAAGACGACCCCCAACUUUUCAAGUUAAAAUAUAGAGUUUGGGAUAUACUCGCCGUAUAAGACUACCCCUCUUCCAAUGCACACCAAAUAAAAAUUAGCAAUGAUGUACAGUGAGCAGACAGAGCUACACAGCAAAACAUUAAAGGACCACUAUAGUGCCAGGAAAACAUACUCGUUUUCCUGGCACUUUAGUGCCCUGAGGGUGCCCCCACCCUCAGGGUCCCCCUCCCGCCCGGCUCUGGGGAGAGGAAAGGGGUAAAAACUUACCUUUUUCCAGCGCUGGGCAGGGAGCUCUCCUCCUCUGAUCCUCCUCCGUUCCUCCCAUUCAGCUGAAUGCGCACGCGCGGCAAGAGCUGCGCGCACAUUCAGCCGGUCGCAUAGGAAAGCAUUUACAAUGCUUUCCUAUGGACGCUUGCGUGCUCUCACUGUGAUUUUCACAGUGAGAAUCACGCAAGCGCCUCUAGCGGCUGUCAAUGAGACAGCCACUAGAGGAAUUGGAGGAAGGAUUAACCCAUUUGUAAACAUAGCAGUUUCUCUGAAAUGGGUUAAUCCUAGCUGGACCUGGCACCCAGACCACUUCAUUAAGCUGAAGUGGUCUGGGUGCCUAGAGUGGUCCUUUAAAUAAUGAUAAUCUGAAAUAGCAUUUAAAGCCCCUCCAUUCUUUUUAAUCCCCCCUCCAUUCUUUUUUAAUCCCCCCUCCAUUCUUUUUAAUCUCCCCCUCCAUUCUUUUUUAAUCCCCCCUCCAUUCUUUUUUAAUCCCCCUCCAUUCUUUUUUUAUCCCCCCUCCAUUAUUUUUAAUCCCCCCUCCAUUUUUUAUUCACGCCCCCAAUUGUUUUACACCCCCCAUUCUUUUUACUCCCCCACCUCCAUUUUUUUACUCCACCCCCACGCCCACCCUCCAUUCUUUUUACUCCCCACCCACCCUCCAUUUUUUUUUCUCCCCCCCACCCCCACUCUCCAUUCUUUUUACUCCCCACUCCCUCCUUCUCACCUCCCCUUCCCUGUGCAGAGUGGGUGGCCGAGCUCCUCUUCGUCCUGUCAGUCCGGCCGGGUACCGCGCAGUACAGGAGAUUCAGUUACCUGUUCCCGGCCGAACUGAAAGGACGAAGAGGAGCUCGGCCACCCACUCUGCACAGGGAAGAGGAGGUAAGAGAGGCAGUGUGGCAGCCGUCUGAGCGCUCUCUAUAGAGCGCUCAGGCGGCUGCAGCAUUAGCAUACCCGGCGUAUAAGACGACCCCCCACUUUGGAAAAGAUUUUCCAGGGGUAAAAAGUUGUCCUAUACGCCGGAAAAUACGGUAUAUAUAGCUAUGUUCUUGAAUGUCAUUGAACUGCACCUUGCGCGCGAACAUCAUUUAAACAGUGCAUCUCACAUCCCAGUCCCUGCUCCUUGCUCCCAAUCCACCAGGUUCCUCUGUUGCCAGCAGUGGUGGUGGUCACGUUUUUCAAUGCACUGUAUUUUCAGAUAAAAGGCAGUGUUUACAUUGCUGCCUAGUAACACCUCUAGUGACCGUAACAUAGAUGGCCUCUAGAUUUGCUUCCUGGGUCAGUGCUGCACAGUGGAUACAUUGAUCAGGAGAAGUUAAUGGGUCGCAGCAUGGCAUUUUGUCGUUCAUGCACAAUAGUCUCCCAAAGCCGUCCUAUGGGGAAGCAUUAAAUGGCUGUGAUCAUCAAGACUGAUGAUCUCAGCCAUGGAGGUGGGGCCAGCCGAGACAUCACCAGCACGGCGUGGGAAAAAAGGUGAGUAAAAACCCUUCCCAUGUGAGUGGAGGAGGGCAGGUCACCUAAACAUUCACACGCACUGACAGACACACUGAUUUGAUACACACACUCACUGACAGAGAUACACUCACAGACAGACAUUCACUGACAGACACAUGUGCACUCUCUGACAGACAGACACAAAAACACACACUGAUACUGCAACACUCACAUUCACAAAUUGUUUUAUUUUAAUGUGUCUUUCCCUGGGGCUCAGUCGGGCUGCUGUAUUCUCCUUGGUCUGCUCCCUACAGCGCUGUUUAGUGAUGUGGGUCCAGAAUGAUGUCACAUUCCAGCUUUCAGCAUUACUAAAGAAUCAUGCAAGGGAGUAGAGCGGGGAAAUUACAGCUCCCUUGCCGCCUCCACGCUCACUCAGGAGUCGUCCGCCUGCCUCCACGGUCAGUCAGCUGCAUGCCUGCACUCUCCAUGAGCCACACUCUGCUCAGUCAGCCUUGAUUAUAAAACAAAGUCGAUUAUAAGAUAAAGUCGAUUUUUCAGAAGUUUUUUUUUUCUGAAAAAAAUCUCGUCUUAUAUUUAAGCAAAUAUGGUACUAAGCAAAUGGGAACAAUCUGAUACAGACACAAACAGUUUAUAAUAAACAACAGCACACUUUACUGGAUAUUGCAGUAUUGUCCAAUGUACAACAGGAAACAAUAGAAGAAGAUUUUAAAAUGUAGAUCUCCCUUAAAACAAGAGGGGGAGUUGUUGGGGCUAAAUCACUAAAAGCUAAAAUAUAGUCAAGUGAAAAAUAAAUUGUAAAAUUAGGACUAAAGUCACUAUUGCUGAGCGGGAGAAUGUUUUUAAAAUUACUUUUUGUUGCCUAAAUCUUGCAAUUUAGAUUAAGGAGUGACGUGAGGCCAAAUUACCCAGCAAAGUAUUUCCUGCAACAAACUCUUUAGUAUCCUAUCUAAAGAAAGGACAUUUUGGGGUUUUUGGUGGUUGGCUAAUUCUUUGUUAGAAAGCACAAUGAGAGUUUCUGCUUCUUGGAUUAAAUCUAGCCCAUGUAGCCUUCUCUAUGACUUGAAUGGUCUGCAUAAAUAGGCUUUAUAUAUACACUCACUGACUACUCCUACUUUUUAUUUCUCUUACUGUAGCUUUGUUUUCCACCUAAAACAGAUAAUAGCAGGAUAAGGUGACAAGGAAUUAUUUUGUAAAAAGGGUCAUGAUUAAAUCCCUUGAGGAGAAAAAUCUAUUGCCGAGCACAUGGUGGUUUAUUGUAAGAAGGGCCCAGAAUUUACUUAGAAAGUGAGAUUGGCUCCUGUCCUUUUACAAACAGAUCACAGUGCUGUAGGUAAUAUUACAUUUUGUUAGAACAUAAUCCGAGUGUUAAUGUCAUUGUUAUUGAAUACAUGAUGAUAACUAUAUUACAUUAUUUUAGCUGGACCUGUAUUUGGCUGAGAAAUGCUUUGAGUUUGGAAUUGCCGCUCAGUGCAUUACCCACUAGAAUCUGUUGCCCCUGGAAGCUUUAAGUUUCUCUUUACCCUCAUGCCAACCUCCAUAGAUUGGCUCUGCCUACUCACUCAUAAUCACCAUAUUGCAGGUGGCCCAUCAAGAUUGUCUAGUUGUUUAAAGUUAUGACAACCCUAUUAGCAGACUCAUGAUUCUUCAUUAAGGCUACAUCGGUUCCCCAUGAACUAAAUCUUGUAAAUCUUUUGAAUGUCUUGUGCAUAGUUUAUUUUGUGUUUUAUUAAAAAUAUAUAUAUUUCUUUUUAUAGAGCAUGUGAAGAACAUAGAUAUGGUUGAACCCACUGGGAGCACUCUGUUAAUAUGUUUCCUGAUCGUUAACCUUGCCGAGGGUGCAUGUAAGAUUGAUAUCGGUAAGAAAAUUGUCGACUGCUCUCGCCUGAACCUUGAGCAAGUUCCAACAGAUAUCUCUCAUGAUGUCGAGAACCUGGACCUGUCCGUGAACAAACUCACCAAAAUUAAAAAGGAGGACUUUUAUCAUUUAUCCAAUUUAAGGAUCUUAAACUUGAACUUCAACAAUAUAUCCAGUAUAGACCAUGAUUCUUUCAACACAAACAUAUUGCUGGAAAACCUAAGUUUGUUUAAUAACUCUUUGACUGAAAUGCCAUCAGAGCUGCUGGAGCCUCUUAUGAAUUUGAAAAUCCUUAAAAUGUCCAAUAAUUUUUUUAAUUCUUCCACUCUUGGAAAUGGUUUUAAAAAAUUGGUGAACCUCAAAGAGUUAUCUUUUGGUGGCCCAAUGAUAAAGACAAUCUUGAAAGAUGACUUUCUACCCAUUAAGGACAUUGAACUUGAAAGAUUUUCCUUAAAAACUCAGUCUAGCCUAAAAGGUUAUGAAGUUGGGGCACUCAGUGUGGUGAAUACACGUGAUAUAUGGUUUGAUAUUGCGUUGGAUACGUAUGCAGAUGUUCUUCCUCUCAUCCUAAAAGAUUUGGCUGGGAAAUCCUUUAAGAAUAUGCGUUUUCGAAAUUUGUUCGAGUUCACUUAUUACACAGAAAGCAUGGAUAUUUUCUCUGGCUUAAAUGACGUUGGUGUUGAUUCACUGACCUUUUACCGAGGGAAGUUCAGUGAGUACCUCCUUUAUCUAGUCUUGAAAAAUAUUGAGAAGCUAUCUAAUAUCAAUGAUCUCUUAUUGCUGUCAGUAGACUUUGCCCGUUCUCCAAACUUCAACAAGACUGACGACAAAACUGAAAAUCUGUCACUGGAAAACUUGAUCAUUCAGGAUGUUACCAAUCCAGAUAUUUUGAGGUUUGAUUGGACUUUUACCCAAUUCAGUAAUAUCAGAAAUUUGCACAUCGUCAAUGUUAAUUUUAAUUUCAUCCCAUGCGAUGCUUGGAAUCAUUUGACUAAUUUAGAAAGCUUUAACAUCACAGGAAACCGUCUUUUGGCCAGGUAUCUGUACAAUCCAACCUGCCAACUUUCAUUACCUGCAAUCAAGACGUUCAAUGCUAGUGACAAUACAAUGACUAGCCUCAGAACAAUUUCUUUGUUAAUUACCACAUGGUCCAACCUCUCCGUUGUUGAUCUUAGUUUUAACAAUAUUGGGAGCUGCACUGAGUCUUGCAAAUGGCCUUCUAAAAUAACAACUCUUAUUUUACACAACAAUGCAUUGAUUCACGAUAUUUCUCCGUGCCUGCCCCUUACUCUGGAGUAUCUGGACAUGUCUAAUUCUCAGCUAGAGCGCUUAAAUAUGAGUUAUUUCAACCAAGCCAAUAACCUGCGUGUAUUGAUUCUCCGUAACAAUAAAAUCAAAUUUAUACCCACAGGUUGGAAGAGUUUGAGUAUUGAAGUUUUGGCUCUAGAAGGCAAUUCUUUCGGGGUUAUUGAUGGAGGUUCAUUUAAAUAUUUGCUGAGUCUACGAAAUCUAACUGCAGGAAACAACCCAUACUAUUGCAAUUGUGACUUAUAUGCCUUUAUCACAGAGACCCUCUCCGAUAAAAAUAUAUCACUACUUGACUGGCCAGAUUCUUAUUAUUGCUAUCACCCACAGAACCUUGUGGACACCAAAAUUGAGUAUUUUAAUCCUGGAAAAUUACAGUGUGAUGUGGGUUUGGUGGUAGCUAUAUCAGUGGCUGUUACUGCUGUAGUAGUUAUUAUCUGCAUGAUGUUAUGUUGGAAGUAUAAUGUUCCGUGGUACCUGAGAGCCACGUGCAAAAUUAUCCGUUCAAAAUAUCGCUCCAAAAAAAGAGAGGACAACAAAGCAUAUAUCUAUCAUGCCUUCAUCUCGUACAGCUGUAUGGAUGCAGAUUGGGUGAGAGAAGUGCUGCUACCUCGUUUGGAGAAUUCCACUCCACCUUACAGGCUAUGCAUACAUGAGAGGGAUUUUCUUCCUGGGAGAUGGAUUAUUGACAACAUUAUUGACAACAUUGAAAACAGCCAAAAGAUCAUCUUUGUGCUCUCACGCAGUUUUGUCAACAGCGAAUGGUGCAAUUACGAGCUUUACUUUGCCCACCAUAGGAACAUUGGACAUGCAUUUGAAAAUGUCAUCCUGGUGGUUAAGGAAAAUGUCAGCUUGGAGGAUCUCCCAAAACGGUUCUAUAGGCUGAGAAAAAUGCUUAGAGCCAAGACUUAUCUAGAGUGGCCUUCAGACCAAAACCGACAGCUGUUCUUCUGGGUCCAGCUGAAGACCAUUCUAGGUCAUGCAAACCAAACUGUUACAGGACAAGAUAAUUUGUCUAGUGAGAUAGUUGAGGACAGACAGACACAUGCCCGUGUAGUUUCCACUAUAACAAACCCCACUAAAACAUUUCCUAUCAGUUAAAAAGGCUUUUAUGUUCCUUUAUAAUGUUUCUAUGUAUCCAUGUGUUUGCAUUCCAAGUUACUAAUAUUUGUUGGUUCUUUAUAGUAAAGUUUGCAUUAUAGUAAAGUUUGUACUUUAUGUUGUUUUUAUGACUGUGCCAAUAGUACAUUGUUGUGGCGGACACCCCGAUGGGAAGAGAUGUUUCGGCGCCACAGAUGUUUUUUUCCCUUAAACUGAGUAGAGCUGCGAUGAUCCUGUAAUGUAGUGAAAUAGCUGUUAUCGCGGUUACCUACAAACACAAGACAAGGCUUUGUGUGAGGGUAAAACUGGAACUGCUUUAAUGGGAGGCACAGCUGGCCUUUUAUGCAAGUCCUCAUGCAAGGGGUUUCUGGUGACACAUUCCAGGGGCAUUCCUCACUGGGCCUGAGAGGGGACAGCAACAUAAGCACACACAUAAUUACAUUACCACUCAGGUCCAGGACAAGCAUAAUAAAAAUACCUCAAAAUAUAGUUUUAACAAUAAGAUAUCCCUACAAGUAUUAUAUCCCCAGAUAGCCUGGGUCUGAGCAUCCAACAUAUGUCGAAAUUACUCAGAUUCCAUGAAUAUAGCUGAAAUGCCACCGGAGUAUAGUUUAGACCAAACACAAACACAGGAACAUCUAACACACAGUGUUAUAUACAAAUACGAGUUCGUGAAUACAUUUCUAGAGUAUCUGUAAUGCAAAUAAUAAUUUCUUUCGUUCGUAUAAAUAGUGCCGAACAUAUUUGCGUAUGGAAGUCUUAGCGGUGUUCGCGACAACGAGUGUCCAAGAUGGCCGCCGCCUCGUGUUUGCACAUACGAACGACGACACCCAGCCAACCGCUUAGAAUGUUGAGGUGCUUGUGGUUAGGGGUGUUAGCGAGGUUAAUGGGGUCAACAAGUGGCACACUCCGCACAUGGGUGGUCGGCCGUUCGGUAGAUUAUUCGGUAUUCGAACGGGGCAAAGUUGAAAUAUGUAGUGGAUGUAUUUCACUGAACAAACAUGCAAAGAGAACAAAGAGUUGUAAAAUCCAGAAACAGGGAGGUCUGUCACAAUUGUAAUUUUAGGUUUUAUACAGGCUUUCUUUACUGUGAAAAAGUGACUUGACACACUCACAGAUACACUCCUAUAGACACAAUCACAGAUACACACUCGCAGAUAUACUUCUAUAUUUACACUCACAGAUACACACUUAUAGACUCACUCACAGAUACACUUCUAUAGAUACACUCACAGAUACACACUGUGACCAAAAGCAAGGAAUUGUGCUGGAGGGAAUCUAUAUAUCUCCCCAGAUUUUGCAAGGUUCCUACUUUGUGUAAUUAGCCCCAGGGAAAUGUGUUAUGUUAAAAUGAAUAUUGUACUUUAAAUAUGUGUAUAUUUGGGCCCUGGGGUGGAGCACUUGGAGAGUAGGGUGGGCCAGUGCUCUACUCCACAUUUUGGUAGUUCC